AUGACUGGAGCGAAGGCAGCAGGCUCAGGUAACCUCGUCAUGGAUCAUUGUGUGAUUGCUGGUAAAUCUACAUGUGUAUUGUAUGACUUUGGAGCAACACACUCUUUUGUGUCUAAAACUUGUGUGCAAAGGUUAGGUUUGCUGGUUUGUGAACUACAAUGUGACCUUGUGGUAUCUACUCCGGCAUCGGGUUUGGUCAGGACAUCGUCCUUGUGUACUAGGUGUCCAGUGAAGGUAGAAGGACGCAGGUACAAAGUGAAUCUGAUUUGCCUACCUCUACAGGAGUUAGAAGUGAUCCUAGGAAUGGAUUGGCUCUCUGCCAAUCGUAUCCUUAUAGACUACCGAGAGAAGAAGUUGUUAUUUCCCAACUUAGAGAAGCCUGAAUUGUUAUCGUCUCACGGGGUUUUGAAGGAGCUACAUGACGAAGAAGUACCAGGGUUACCUCCUAAUAGAGAAGUGGAGUUCGCGAUUGACAUGGUACUUGGAACCGGGCCAGUGUCGAUGACUCCAUACCAUAUGGCUCCGACAGAGUUGGUGGAACUCAAGAAGCAGAUAGAGGAAUUGUUGGGAAAGUAA